AUGGAUUUCCCGUCGAGAAACGGCAGUUUGGGCGGGCGAUCGGAUGGAAAGAGGAUGAUUGUUACGAAGACACCGCCAGCCCGGACCGAUGGUCAAGGUGAAGUAAAUCCUAUGGUCGACGAAGCAGACCUCGUGAAGGAAGUCGUCUACUCUCUGCUGAGUGCUAAAGGUGGCGCCACCUCCACACAGCAGGUGCAGGUUGCCGUCAACUCCUCCCUGAUUCAGAUUGCCAAGACGAACUUUCCCUUGGUGGUGGCCGCAGUCUUCUCGGCCCUGGAAACACAGAAGGUCUCAGACCAGCACAAGCUCCAGCUUCUUCGGCUCCUCUGCCAAGUCCUCGAGACGAGACGGAGCGACGCAGAGGGGAAGCCCUGUGAGGUCGACCGGACCUUGGCGAAGAAUCUCACCAGGCACCUCGUGGCAGAGGUCCUGGUUGGCGCAGGGGAUGCCCGACAACGCGCCGUAGCCGACGUGCUUGUAGAGUUGGCCCCGAUGCACCCGGACUUGGUCAUCGGUGACCUUUUGGCUGGCAUUGCUUCCUCUUCUGCUGAAAAGUCUGAGAAGGAGAAGCUGCCAGUGCAGCUGGUGCAAAUCCUCUCGGAGGUUGCCAGCACAUUCCCGCUGAGCCUUCGGUCGCGGUUGGACGAGGUUCUGACAAAGUACUUCGCCCUGCUGCAGAGCUGUCGUGGUGGAGACCUUCCUGUUCUGCUUCUGCGUGCCUGGUGUUCGCUCAGUGUGGCCAUGGUCUGUUGCGCGACAGACCGCAGCGAGCCCCUGGACGUGAGCGAUCCGACCUUCACCCGAGACUUUGCUGAGGCCUCCAAGGUGAUCCGAAGUGCAGGCAAGGGUGGGGCUGCGCGUGCCCUUCCAGACGACUUCAAGAAGGCAGCGCAGAUCCUGGGUGCUGUCUUUGCAUUGGUCAUGAGUGCUUGGCCCUCAUGGAAGGACUUGAACCUCCGCGUGGCAGCUGUUGAGACCUUGGGGCACAUCAGCCUCGUCAUUCCAAAGGAUCAGUUCCUGACAAAUGCUGACUCGUUGCUAGAGCAUAUCGCGUCGCUGUUGUCCCGCCAGGGUGCCUUCACAACGGCAGCAAGCCCCUUUCCACCUCUGCGACUGCUCCGUGGGGCAUCGCUGGCCCUACAGGCUUGCAUUGAUGCCGAUCCAGAAAUACUCACACUCGAGAGCACAUUACAGACUAUGCUGUCUUCUCUCUUCGCCUGGGCUGCUCUCAGGGGCCCUUUGCAGGAGCCUGGAUUGAGCCAGGAGGCCUUGCAAAGCCAGGCGGAGCUUCUCCAAUGCUUCGAAAUCCUCGCCGAGUGCUUUGCUUCAGAGACCUUCGGCUUCUUGCUGCAGAAGGCGAAGGGCAGCCGCGAGGAACGCCUCGCUUCGCUGAUGGUUCUGCGCCACCUUCUGGGAGGGCGGGCUGCUAGUGGAGCUGUCAACAUCGUUGAAGGCAUUCAGCAGCUGCUUCUCGAUCACGAUCCCACCGUCGGUCUGAUGUUGGGAGAACUCCUGGUCGCAGCGGCGAAUGCAGACUUGCUUGGCAGUGGGGCGGCAGAGGCCGCGAAAGCGGCGGCAAAGACAGAGCAGGUGAACAACUUGAUCAACUCGCUUGUUCGCCUCACUGCCAGAAGUCAGGUCGCUGACACGGACCAGGGCUACAUGCCCAAGUUCGUUUCGAAGGGCUACCGCAGCGACGGUCCAACGGCAGAGGAAGUGCGGAGUCGUGCCGGAUCCAUUUUUGACCAGCUCGUCGAUGCUGCCCAGUCCAGGCUGUCCUUGAGAUCUAUCUUGUGGCCCCUGCUAUUGAAAGCUCUCAUGAAUCCGGCGCUGCUGCCGGGAAUGCCGGUUCUGUGCCGGACAGUCUCACAGCUACUCCAGUGUGCAAGAGCUAAAGCAGAAGGCGACAGCACCGCUGACGACUUCGAGGGAGCCUCGCUAGGACUCCCGAUGGGCGGUUUAGGGUUUAGGGGUUUAGGGUUUAGGGUAUAG